AUGUAUGAGAAGUACACUUUUUGGGAACUUUACGGGGAAGAAUUAGUUGAAUCAAGUGAUGGGGAUAAUGUUGAUGAGUCGAAUGACAUUGAUAGUGGUUUCACAAUGUUGCAAGAUGCAUGUGGAGUUGGUGCUAUGAAUUUUGGGAGUGCUGAAGAGGCUUUAAAUAAUAUUGAGGAGUAUGAGAAACCUAAUGCAAAUGCAAAAAAGUUUUUCAAACUUUUAGAGGAGUACCAAGAACCAUUAACAAUGCAUGGCACAACAAUGUCUAAGUUGUCAUAUAUUGUUAAAUUAUUACAUUUAAAGGUUUUGAAUAAUUGGUCUUAUAAGUCUUUUGAUAGUUUACUCCAAUUAGAACGUCAAGGCUAUGGCGCUUACCUUCCAACUUCUUAUUACGAGGCUAAGAAACUCAUUAAAGACUUGGGCCUUGAUUAUUAUAAGAUUGAUGCUUGUGAAAAUGAUUGUAUUCUUUAUUGGAAAGAGCAUGAAAAAUUGAUUGAGUGUCCCACUUGUGGUUUAUCAAGGUGGAAACAAGAAAAGGAAGGCUCUUCUAAGGGGGUAAAGGUUUCUAGAAAAGUGCUAAGAUAUUUUCCAUUGAAGCCUAGGCUACAAAGGAUUAUAGAUGAUGAUGCCCUUUCUAGGGAAGAGGAGGAUGAUAUCUUUUUGGAGGAUGACAAUGCGAGUGCGGUGGAUGAUACAAUGAGACAUCCAUCUGACUCCUUUGCAUGGAAAUCAUUUGAUGAAGAGUAUAGUGAAUUUGCUAAAGAGGUGCAAAAUGUUAGACUUGGACUAGCUUGUGAUGGCUUUCAGCCUUUUAAUAAUUCACAACAUAGCAUAUGGCCAGUGGUUCUUAUCCCUUAUAAUUAUCCUCCUUGGUUAUGCAUGAAACGUUAUUCAUUUAUGCUAUCUUUACUAGUACCAGGUCCAACAAGUCUUAGAAUUAAUAUGGACGUCUACCUCCAACCACUUAUUGAGGAGUUAAAGGAGCUUUGGGAGGUUGGUGUUGAAACCUAUGAUGCUUACUCUAAAACAAAUUUCAUCUUGCGUGCAUCACUACUGUGGACUAUCAAUGACUUUCCUGCGUAUGCAGAUUUGUCUGGAUGGUCUACUAAAGGUUAUUACGCUUGUCCAUGUUGUCAUAAGGAAACUAAACGGACUUCGUUGAUGCAUAAGGGUGGUUAUUUAGGGCAUCGACGUUGGCUUCCAAUGAAUCAUAAGUGGAGAAAUGAUGCCAAUUCUUUUGACGGUAAAAUUGAAAAAGGUGUUGCACCAGUUCCAUUGAGUGGGGAUGAUGUAUUACAACAUUAUAGCCAAUUCUCACAAGCAAAAUAUGGGAAGAUUGUAGGGAACAAAAGAAAAAGGGAUGCUUCUAAUAGCUUGUUUUGGUGGAAAAAGAAAAGCAUUUUCUUUACCUUAUUAGAGGAAAUUAUGAAUUCAUCAUAA